AUGACUGAACACAUUGAUAAAACACGUUUAUUAACUGACAUUCGUUAUCGUUUUAAUUACUUAUCGAGAUUUCUUCAUUUUACCCACGAUGACAUUGUUAUUCUCAACGAAAUCUCCAAAAUUAUCCUUCCUUUAACUUCCGUCAUUGUCGAUACUGUCUACCGCAAAUUAUUCUCAUUCGAUAUUACCAAACAGUAUCUUCUUCUACGUCACUGCUGUUCGGAUAGUCAUCCUAACGAUUCCAAUUUCUAUUCCGACGCCAUCGAGUUUCGCAAGAAUAUGUUGAGUAAGUAUUUACAUUGUAUUCUUACCCAAAAGGAAUGGGACGAUUCGUUUCUGGAAUAUUUGUCUUAUAUUGGCAAAAUCCAUACAUUCAACAGUGGCUCACCGUUGAUUCAUGUCGAUUUUAUUCAUAUCAAUGCUCUGUGUGGAUUUCUUCAAAGUAUUCUCAUAGACAAGUUAUGCAAGUCGGAAAAUGUCGAUCAAAAUUUGAAACAGAAUGGAAUUCAGGCAAUUAUAAAGUUUUUCUCGAUUCAAAAUGAUUUUAUGAGAAGUCACUAUGAAUAA